CCUUUCGUCACAAAUAAUUAAUGUUGUUGCCUUUAUAAUAAUAAAAAAUAAAGUAUGUGUCACAAAUAAUUUUGAAAUUUUAAAUUUAUAAUAGUUAUUUACUUUUAGUGGCGAAAAUGUAUGGAAAAUGGAUGUGUUUCGUGAUAUUAGAUCUCGUCAUCGUAACCUGCGGCAGCCCUGGUAGAUUCUACCACGACUACCACACCAGUCAUGACAAGAAUCCGUGGUCUGGGGACUGGAGCCAAGGCUGGCCGCACGACUCGUUCGGGCAAACGACCCCUCGGCCCACCAGACGGAGGACCACAACUGCAAGAGUUGUAACUGAGAGUACCCCGACCCCAACGCUUCCUCAACCCGUUGUCAGAGACGUCGAAAUAAGACUGGGAGAAAGCCAGACAACUAACUCCCCCACUCCAAGUCCCAGACCUAUAACUUUAAUACAAGAUGAACUGUCUCUCGUGAAAGAGCAAAAGCCUCAGAGUGUGAUAAAUUCUAGCCCGAAUCGUAAUAAUUUUCAAAGUGUAGCAGUUGAGAAUUUUAAAAUCAAACCACAAGCAGAAAUGGCUUUAUCAAAUAAUGAUAAUAAACCAGUCAUUCCUGCGUCAGAUAAUAAUAAUGGUUUCGGAAUAGCAAUAGGAGAUGAUAAUUCCGAGGCUGAACCUAUUAAACAAGAAACUUCUCUUCCAAAUAACGAUGCCAAACCUCAAGACAGCAUUGGAACUGAUCAAAUUGCACCUAUAAGUACUAUAGAUUCAGCUGACAAUACAGCUAAACCUAUCCAUGCAGAUACAAAUGAAAGCAAAAAGCCCGUUACAGAUGAUGAUGAUUAUAAUGAACAAUAUUUAACAUCGAUAGACGCAGCUUUAGGUGGUAUUAGAGGAACUAAUAAUGGGAAAGAUACAAAAACACCAUUGUUCGAUGAGAAGGCGAGUAUGUGGCAUGUCGCUAUUUAUGAGAAAAAGAAGGCAUUGACUGAUGAAGAGUAUAUUUAUACAUGUGGAGGAUCGUUGAUCAAGGCUGAUAUAGUUAUUUCAGCGGGGCACUGCUUCUGGUCCCCCGUGUGGCAGGCGCUGCCGACGACGCUGUUCAGGGUGGCAGCCGGCAAGCUGUAUCCCGGCUACGAUGACCCGAGAGACACGAAUGCACAGUAUUCUGAGAUUAGAAACAUAUCAAUAUCAGACAUGGACAUGGACGAUCCGUGCAAGCAGCUAGACCUAGCGUUCAUGAACCUGGUGACGCCGUUCAAAUACACCAGCGUCGUCAAGCCGGUGUGCUUCAGUUUGGACUGGAACUUGGAGACUUUUAGGGAGCUCAAGGAAGGGAAUACAGGAAAGCUAGCAAGCUGGGUCGCUUUAGAGAACGGUGAGUGCGUACCCCGACGACACAGCUGGCUGUCUCUCCCGUCCGUCAAGAACGAUUUGUGUCAAUACAAGCUACACUACAAAACCACUGGAAGCGACAUAAUCUGCGUCGGUGAGAUAAAUAAAACAACUACGUGCGCUACUGACAGCGGCAAUGGCAUGGUAUUUUACCAAGACAAGAUCCCAUACCUCCUUGGUGUUGCCACCGACCCGCCCAUCCAUCGCCAAUGUGCCAGAUUCCACAGCCGCAGCUACGCCAUAAAUCCCAUAAUCAACGAGAGUGAACUUUUAAGGAAAUACUUGAAGGGCAUUACUGAUGUCUACAAUUUGGGAGAGUGUGAGAACUUGUACAAAAAUCCGACUGAAAAUAAUCAGAAGAAUGAAACGGACAGUGGGUUUGGGGAUGGAUUCGUGCAGAUUGAACCACCUGAUGAAGACGGCAUCGUGUUCACCGCGCAAGGCAUAGGCUCCAUGCCCGUGCCGACGCUGCCGGGCUCCAGCGCGCCCUCGUUCCAGUGGCACGUCGGGGUUUACAGCAAGCGCUGGACGCCGUACAUGCAAAUAUGCGGCGGGUCACUCGUAAAACGCGACUUCGUUAUAUCAGCGGCCCACUGCUUUUGGGACGACGUGGGCGGUCAGCAGCCGGCGAGCCAGUUCGCGGUGGCCGGCGGCAAGCUGUUCCGCCCGUGGAACAACACACAGGACACUUACGCGCAACAUUCUGAUGUAUCGAAGAUAAUCCUGCCCGUCCGGUUCCGCGGUGGCACCACGAGCUUCCAAGAUGACAUAGCCAUCCUCCGGCUGUCCAGCGCCUUCACGUACGCUCCCGGCGUGCAGUCGGUGUGCGUGGACUUUAACAGGGAGUUCGAGUUGAAACAACUGCAACCAGGGAACAUAGGAACAAUCCUCGGCUGGGGUUUGACGGAACAGAACGGCAGUCCAUCACAGCGCCUCACGUACCUGGACCUCCCGUACAUUGACGUCGAAGAGUGCUUUGCGGAGUCCGAAUCCUCCUUCCUCAAGUACAUCACUAGCGACAAGAUUUGCGCCGGAGACACUAUUACCGGCAAGGCGCUCUGCCGCGGGGACAGCGGCGGCGGCUUCGUCCUAUACUCUUCCGAGAUCCCGUACCUCCACGGCGUCGCGUCCACCGCCGCCGGCAACCAGAACCUUUGCAACGCCUUCGCUCUGGCCGCCUUCACCAGCCUCUACGCACACCGCGCUUUCCUUAGAGACAACAUUCCGAACAUAGACAAGGAAUGUAUUAAACAAGAGACUACAACACAGUCCACACAAAGGGUAAAUGUAGAAACGGCUCUGGGGACAGUGGGAGCUGUGAGUACCACAGAGGUUCCGACAUCAGUGUAUACGAACGUGCCCUAUUUCCCUUACCCUAAUCAUUUUGUGUGCAAUUGCAAUUGUAAGCCUUAGCUUUAGUCGUAAUAAAAUGGAAAGAGAGAA